CGUUUCUUCCGGCUUCCACGGACUGGUUUCCGUCGUCUCUUUCCCAAAAGGGAUUCUACUCAGUGGAGGCGCAUUGAAAGCUUGGCCCGUCCCAUAACCAACGUUCUGAACCUCACCCACGCUCUUGAUGUUAGUGCUGGACUUUCUGCACCAGCGCAAUUUCUUUCUGCACCAGCGCAAUCCCUUUCUGCGCCUCUUGACUCAUCUUCGAGCCCCUUGGAUAACUCUACCAAUUUGUGUGUGUCUUGAUUUACACUUGGCAUGCUCGUUAGACUCAUAUUUGUUUGCAGCCGCUCUUUCGAUCCUGCUUUAUCUACCCUCAAAGGGUAUUCGGCGUGCAUGGUCACGAACCUCUCCAACAGGUCGCAGACCAAUGAUGUAUAACCUCUCACGCGUUGACUUCCUAUCCAGGUCGGCGUUUGCUGCCUUCUUAGCCCCGCAGAUCCGACACAACCCCCGUUUCAACGAAUUUGCGUUAUAAUCUGCUAUUUUGCGAGCUGCUGAGAAUAAGGACUGGCCGGAUCGAGUCGCUUUUCGCUCUUUCAG